AGCCGACCUAGCAAGAACACCGAAAAUUUCCAUACCGCGCGCCGUUCUAGCGCUCUUACGGUUGUGUCUUACCAACAGCGUUGCCAGGUCAUUUUUUUAAAAAUCUGGAAAAGGCAAAAUAAAAAUCUGGAAAAAAUCUGGCAGUCAUUUCGUGGGGUGAAAGGUUAAUUUUUCGGAUAAAAGUCUUGGGGUACGCAAAAUUUGAGGUGACAAAAUUGCAAAAUUUCGCGCCAAAAUUCAAGUGAUGACCUUUUUCGGAACAGAGAAAAUAAAAUCUGGAUAAAAUCUGGAUCUACCAUGAAAAAUCUGGAUAAUUGGACAUCAAAGCUGUUUACCUGGAUACAUGUUCAAAAAUCUGGAUAAUCCAGCUAAAUCUGGAUACCUGGCAACGCUGCUUACCAAUAUCGAGAUCAACCUUUAAACAACUCACGAGGACGUGACAAAUCGGCGGCGCGAACCAUCUGCGGGAAAAUGUCCACUGUGUGAAGUUGUAACAGUUACCUGCUGGAGAAGAGAUAAAAAGGGGAAAGUUUGCUUUGGAAAAGAGUGUGGGUAAAAUUCGGUGGCUUCCAGGGCAAUGUACUUAAAUCAGUAAUAACGUUGAUUUGUAGAAGAUUGCUUUCGGUGAUCUGUGGGCAAAAUCAAUCGGAUAAACAUGACGGUGAGAGUGAUCAAUACAGUGCAGUUUAUAGCGGGCAAUUCAGCUCAGGACUUGUUGGCGAAUAAUAUAAAGUCUUCAAAGGGUAAAGCGAUCAUCAACGAUGUCAACAAUAACGAAACAGUUCUCGGCGAUGACCGGAGCAUCACCGAGCAGGACAUCAACGCCUACCUGGAGCACUACAACAAGUGGAAGCAAACCGGAUGGGGCCACUGGUUGACCUAUAUCCUUCGGCAGUAUUUCGGCUAUGAAUUCGACGCGGAAAUCAAGUGGAACAAUGUGCUGAUGAUCGGAGUGUUUCACGUGAUCGCGAUAUAUGCCUUCGCGAAGUACGUGUUGCAGGCGACCCUCGUUACAUACAUCUGGGGUGAGUAGAGUCUGUUUUAUAAC